ACUAAUCCUACGUCAAAAUUAAAAAAGUUAAAUUCUGCGAAUAACAGUCUAUUUUUUAAUAUUAUUUUAAAGAAAAUAUUUAUAUGUUACCUAAGUAUCAUAUUCUUUUUUACCUAUAAAUAUUUCAGCAUUCUGUAAUUUAUAAAAUUAAUUAAUUAUAAAUAUGUCACAUGUAACUGAUGUGAAAUUUCUUUUCUCUAGGUUAUUUUCUCUAAAAAAUGGGCUUAAUACUAGAUGGGGUAUUAGAAAAUUUAGCCAAGACUUUGAUAAACAAGCUCAGGCUUUACCAAAAGGUAGUGUGAGUCCUUUACCUCCGCUUUCUGAGCCACUAACAAAUUUACCUUCAGUUAUAUAUACUUCUGCAAAGUCAGAAGAUUACUUUACUGAAGUAACAACCCUUAGCAAUGGCCUGCGUGUUGCAUCUGAAAAAAAAUUUGGACAGUUCUGUACUGCUGGAGUGGUUAUUGAUUCCGGACCAAGAUUUGAAGUAGCGUACCCAAAUGGUAUCUGUCACUUUCUUGAAAAGUUAAGCUUUGGAGCUACCCAUAAAUUUGCAACUCGUGAUGUUAUGCUUAGGGAACUUGAAAGACAUGGGGGUAUAUGUGAUUGUCAGAGCUCUCGAGAUACUACUGUUUAUGCUACUAGUGCUGACUCUAGAGGACUGGAAGCUGUUACACAGGUUUUAGCUGAAGUAACUUUAAGGCCUCAACUAUCUACAGAAGAAAUAGAAGCAGCGAGGCAAGCUGUUGCAUUUGAAUUAGAUACAUUAUCUAUGAGACCAGAACAGGAAACAAUACUAAUGGAUAUGAUACAUGCUGCGGCAUAUAAAGGAAAUACACUUGGACUGCCAAAAAUUUGCCCACCAGAAAAUGUUAAUAAAAUAAAUCGUGGCAUAAUUUUAAAUUAUUUAAAAAAUCAUUAUACGCCUGACAGAAUGGUAGUUGCAGCAGUUGGGGUUGAGCAUGGGCCAUUUGUGGAGUUCGUUCAGAAAUAUUUUGUUGAUAUGAAGCCAACAUGGCACUCUGAAGAAACCAGUUCAUUUAAACCUAAUGUUGACAAAUCUAUUGCACAAUAUACUGGAGGAUUAGAACAGGAAGAAUGUGAAAUACCUUUAUAUCCAGGAUCUGAUUUACCUGAAUUGUCACAUGUGGUUAUUGGCUUAGAAAGCUGUUCCCACGGUGAUCCUGAUUUUGUGGCUACUUGUGUGUUGAAUAUGAUGAUGGGUGGUGGUGGGUCGUUCUCGGCAGGCGGACCAGGCAAGGGAAUGUAUACUCGCCUGUAUACUAAUGUACUAAAUAGAUAUCACUGGAUGUUCAAUGCAACUGCAUAUAAUCAUGCUUACGGAGACACUGGUCUAUUUUGUGUUCAUUCAGCAUCGCCACCGAAUCGUUUAUACGAUACGACGAUCGUAAUUGCUCGCGAACUUGCUAAUAUGGCUGGAAAGGUCGGCGAAAUUGAACUAAAGAGAGCAAAGACACAGCUUCAGUCAAUGUUGCUUAUGAAUCUGGAAGCAAGACCAGUAGUGUUUGAAGAUGUCGGCCGUCAAGUGCUGGCUACAGGCAAAAGGAAACCACCUUCAUUCUUCAUUAAUGAAAUUGAAAAAAUAACAGCAGAUGAUAUUGUACGUGUUGCGCGGCGUAUGCUAAACGGACGACCGUCUGUAGCUGCACGGGGCAAGCUGGCACAUUUGCCUAGUUUCGAGGAAAUCCAAGCUAACAUGUCUCUAUCUAGCAGUGAAGCCUCACCUCAAGGGCGCCGGCUAAAUCUAUUCCGUGUCUAAUUAUUGACCAGUAAUAAUUAUUAUACUUCAGUAUAAAAUAGCUCUGUAUUUUAUUGUUAAUAAAAAAAUUAUUUCUUCU